CCGAUCGUGAACGGGCUGGAAAUCACGACCGCCCGGCAGAACCUGGAAACUCCAUGCCUGUGAUCUGUCAAGCACAACACGCCAACAACUCGCAUCUAGCCGCCGGCUUCAAAUACCUCCUUUGCUUGUCCCAUUGUGCAGUCGCUGUGCCAUGCUUGUCCCCUUGGCUGCACAAACAAGAUGCCGCGACUCCGGCGCAAUCGCUAUCUGACGUGUUUCUACUGCGGGCGCAGGACGUCAACACCAUACGAUGGCAGGAUACGACGCUUCGAUUGUCCCACUUGCGAUGCGACGAACUAUCUCGACGAAAACGGCGACAUUGCAGACCCGCCGGUUGCAACCGACAAGGAGGCCACCCCGCGACAAUACGCCGUUCCCCGGCCUGUAUCCCCUCCCUUGAGCCCGUCCCGCGACCCCAUCUUCUGCGCCACCUGCCUCAAGAACCAGCAUCUGCUGAGCGCAUCCCUCGCGCAAUACCUGCCUGACCCGGACGACCCCGAGUACGCCGAGCGCGAGAGGAACUUCUACCGCUUCCGGCGAAACCAAGAGAACCUCUAUCCACAGAUAUGCGACAAGUGCGAGCCGAAGGUGCGCGAGCGCCUCGAGCAAGCCGUCUACACGGCCAAGACGGACCUCUUGCGGCGCAUGCUUGAUCGGAGCGCAAGCGCGAGGAAGACCCUCAAGACGCAGGGCUGGCUGGAGCUGUUCCAGGCGGCGGGCAAGUGGCUGUGGAUCGCCGGGUUUGUGUUGCAGUUGGCGUGGCACGCUGUCGUAGUACAUAUGCUUGUGUCGGAGUACUUUCUGUGGGCUGGGCUGGAUGAGAGUUUGUUUACUUUCAGGCUGCUGAGGAUAUGCGGGCCGUUUGUGGCCCGGCUCCCGUCCGCAGAGCGGCUGCUCGGAUGGAGUACUCUAGCCAGCAUUCUCGGGCUGUGGUGGAAUCCGCGCUUCGCCCAGGUGUUUAGGGGCUUCACCAGACACAUCAGCGGAGUCACAAAAUGGUACUUCUUCCAGGCCGUGGCCCUCGUUAUCCGCAUAUGCCUGCCAAAGGUGGACUUGACGACUCCGGGCCCGCGGCUGCAUCAUCUGAAGAUUGCCGGCCACGCCUUUGCUGCGGCCUUCUCUCUAAUCAUAUUCAACCUCGCGGCCCGCUCAAUCAAAAUCGACACUGCUCCCUUAUUUGGUUCUAAACCCAUCCAACUCCGCGAACCAUCAGAACCCUCCAUCUCUUCCUCCUCCUCCUCCCGCCCCGACGACACAAAGGUCAUGGCCGAACUUCUCGACGAGAUCAUCCGCUCUCCAACCUCGUCCACCCCACCCAGCCCCGUCGACCUCUCUCCAUCCAUCCCACGGCGCUCCAACCACCCUCCCAUGGGGCACGCCCACACGCAAGCCGCGCAAACAAUCUCCAGCUCCCUCCAACACCUCAACUCUCUCAGCUUCGCUGACCACCCUGCCUCCUCGAGGCACUCAUCGUCAUACUACGCCUCGGAAGAAAUGGACUGGUCCCCCACCCCAGCCUCCUCCUCCGCAUCCUCCUCCUCCUCCUACUUCACAUCCGACUUCAAGUCCCCCUACCGCGCCUUCAACACGCAGGGCCAGCGCCAAUCCCAGCCCUUCGGCUCCGCCCCGACCGAGCCGCGCGAGAAGCCCUUCUGGUACCGCGUCCCGCCCGCGCCCACCACCCCGGCCCAGCGCGUCUUCAACCCGCCGAAUCAGCCGCGGUUGCGGCCGAGCCCUGUCGAUCAGCGGCAGCGGCAGCAGCAGCAGCAGGUGCGCUUUCGCGGGGACGGGACGACACUGGCGCGGGACGGUGGUGGCACUACUACUAAUAAGGCGGUUGGGAUGAUGGGAUUGGGGACCGGGGGAGCGACGAGCGCGGAGAAGAAGCAACCGGUCGCAUUUGCGGAGCCGAGUUUCUUUGCCGAUGUCGUGGUUGGUGGGGAGCGUGCGAAGAGCGAUCCGCGUAACGAGUUGUCUAGUAUGUUUGGGAAGGGGUUUAAGCUGGAGGAGGGGAGGUCUAAAGAGGGGGGUGGGUGGCUGAAGAGGUUUGUUGGUGGUCGGGAAUAGGGCCGAGGGAUGGAUAAACGGCAUGAUAAGGAGGGAGGCUGGGUUUUCUUCUGGCAUAAUAGUACCAGCGUUGGUUGG